ACAUAUAUAUGUGUGGACAGUGGGUCAGUUGUGGGUUAAAGAAAUAUCCAGAGGCUGACGACUCUGCACAGAUUAGCGUAAACAUGAAGUCGAAUUUUGGUGUUUUCGUACUUUUCUCUCUUCUACUGGUUGGAAGUCUGAGCAGCGCAAGAAAAGACCUGAAAGGAUAUUGGGAGGAGACGAUGAAGGAAGAAGCUAUGCCAGAAGCAAUUAAAGACCUUAUUGAGGAUUCCCAUGUUUCAGAAGCAGGGAAGGAUCGUUUUGUUAGGGACUUCGAUGUAAAACCUAAUGUCAUACUAUAUCACACCCAUGUUGUCCCCAUGAAACAGAUGCGGCAGAAGAAUCAAGACUGAUAUAUGCAACAAAUGUGAGGGAUAGAAGUCUUGUUUAGCACCAGAUUAAUUACUGUCUUAAAAUUUCUACUAAAAGUUUGAAGCCUUUUAGUAUAGAUGUAGCUUUUAAUCCUGGUGUUUAUCUAGUAGUAAUCCUUCUUUUAAUAAAUUUGCAGCAUCUUGCUUUUAAUGAA